CAGCAUCUGCAGCUCGUGAUGCAGCAGCGGUAUCUCCUACCCCCCAUAGUGAUCGACACGCUCAGCAGCCAGCUCGGUCGCCUGCGCCGCCUGCGGCUCGUGCGUUGCUAUUUGACGGAGCAGAUAGCUGCCUCCCUGGGCGCCAUGGCGCAGCUCCGCCACCUGUGCAUCGCGCAGGCCAGCCUGGCAGCCCUGCCGCAGCUGCUUCUGCACGCAGUCCAUUUGGAGCAUAUCCACGUCCAUGGCUAUCACUGCGUGUUUACCGACGACAAAAAAGCCUACAUGCGAGCUGUGUGGAAGGCCGCGUCGGAGCUGGUGGAUCUCAGCAGCGUGGGCUUCGGCCGGCCAUUGGAAAAGCGCCCCGCCGCCGCGGCCGCCGCCGUUCUUGGCAGUAGCACCGACGCUGCCGCCGCCACCGGAGCGGAGGGCGCUGGCAUUGGCAGGAGAUUGCAGUGCCUGGCGGUCUCCCUACACUACCUGGAGAAUGACGCCGUACUGGACGAGUCGGAACUAGACGAGUUCGAGCCGGACGCCGAGCAGUGGCAGAUCCGGUACGACAGGUGGUCGUACUUGGAUGAGCGCAAGGGAUUCCUGGGCGGCGGCAGCGGCGGCGGCCAGACAACUGGCGCCCCGCCGCCAUGCUACUGCGUUAGCGGCGGCUGCUAUCGCGACCCACAUGGGGCGCCUGACGUGGGCGCCAGGAGCAGCAGUGGCGGCGGUAGCGGAAUGCGGCUGCCGCCAACCCCGCUACAGCCAUCGUCAAGCGUGCCUACAGUUCCCCCGUCUGAACACGGGGUGAGCAGCGCAAAGGCAGCCCGAAUCGCCGCCGCAGCUGUAGCAUCCACCGCGACGGCAACGGACGCAGGUUUUACAGCUGCAGUCGCUCCGAGCUUCCCGGCGGCGGCGGCGACGACGGCGACGCCUCCGCCGCCCCGGGCGGACCAGGCGCUUGUAGCGCGGAGCUUGGCAGCAGCGCCGGGGCUACAGUUGCUCAUGUCCGAUAAGCGGACCGUGCAGCUACUGCCGUACGGGCAAGUCCUUUCGGAAAUCUCGAAGCCUUCGUGGAGCCACUUGCAGUACGUUCAGUUGGAGCUGGUGUCAGGGCCGGCGCCGCCACCGCCGCCGCCUUGGCGUCGGAAGCUGGGGAUCGUCGCCGCGGCGACGUCAGCGACCAACGCUGAUGCCACUGCGACGGCAGCUACUCCAACGGCUGCAGCCAGCGGAGACCUGCGCGUCGCUGGCGCUAGCAGUACGGCACGGAACGGCAUGGGACAUGUCUUCCCAGGCUGGUGCUCAGCAGGGCUGCGCGAACCAUCGGACAGGUACGAGGGGUCGCAGCAGCAGCAGCAGCAGCAGAUGCGGAACCAUGGGUCAUUAGCCCCUCCUGCAGUUGCCGGGAAUGCCGGUGGCGGUGACGGCGGCGACGAUGGCGAUGGCGAUGCCGAAGUCGGCCCCGUUGCCGCGCCGGCUGUGACCUUAACUUUGGAGGCGUUGAAUCAGCUAUCCGCCCUGAGGGGCCUGUGGCUUGAUCCUGGGCAGUGUGGAGCGGAGGGCGGGUGGGAGGAGGAGGGGGAGGAGGAGGAGGGGGAGGAGGAGGAGGGGGAGGAGGAGGAGGGGGAGGAGGGGGAGGAGGAGAAGGAGGAGGAGGGGGAGGAGGAGAAGGAGGAGGAGGGGGAGGAGGAGAAGGAGGAGGAGAAGGAGGAGGAGGAGGAGGAGGACGGGGAGGAGGAAGAGGAGGACGUGGAGACGGAUUGGGGCGACGAGGACCACGACGGGCAACCAUGCUCGAGGUUGGAAGCGCACGCAUCGACAGCAGCGAGGACAGGGACAGGAAACGGCGGAGGCGACGCGGCUGCAUGGCCUCGUCGUCGUCGGCGGCGGCGGCGGCGGCGGCGCUGGGUUCGGAUCGGCGACAUUUGGACGAGACUUCAUGAGCCGCCGCCGCCGCCAUUGAUAACCCCGGGUUCCGUCGCGGCUUCUGGCGCUGCCGUAAAGCUGCCCGUACAAGAUGUCGCUGCCCAUGCCGCGCUGCUGACAUCACUCACGAGGCUGCGAUCUCUGGCGCUAGGGCGGCGGCAGCCCCCGUCAGCAAAUCGACGUAAAUCCUUUUUAGGCAUCGGCGACGACACAGCGGAGCUGCUGUCGCGCCUCGCGGGCCUUAAUAAGCUUCACCUCUACGCCGCGUACACGCUGCCUCUGGGCGGCGUCAGAGACGAUGUUGGUCAAAUGUCGUACAGCUCCUACGCGGCGACGGCGGCGGGUGGGUCGGCGGCGUCAGCGGCGGCGGCGGCGGCGGCAGCCGUCGUCAAGGAACUGCCACCGUCAUCCCAGGAACGCGACCUUGUGGCGUUGUUGCGCACGUGGCAUGCCGUACAGACGCUGCGCGUGCACGGCUCCACGAUGACGUCAAAGGAUGUCCAGCUGCCAAAUGAAGCCCAUUGCCUGGACUGGUAUUCAACAGCCGGGCUCCGCGCCAUCGUAACAUGCCUCCCGGGACUACGUCAGCUGGACCUUGCGCCGAUGCCGUCACCGUACAGUCCUGUGCUAACGUCACUUGGAGCCAGCGGCGGCCGCGCUGCGGCAGCGGCUACCGCCGUCGCGGCGGCGGCGCCGGCGGUGGCAGAGGCCCCCGCUGGCGAUAGCCGCGGUACCGCAUCAGCGACUCUGCUGCCGCCACCGCGACGUGAUACAGACGAACCACUUUGCGGUAUUGGAGAUGUUGUUGAGGACAGGGCGGCGGCGGCGGCGGCGGCGCCGGGCCCUUCAAGUACGGCGGUGAUCGCCCUCCCCUCUUGGCGGCUCACGAGCGCCGCCACCGCCGCUGGCGGAGUCGUACCCGCAGGCGGCGUGCCGGGUGCCGAAAUUCAACGUCGCACGGAACACAGCGCAACCGACUCCGAAUCCAGAACUGAAUCCGGAUCUGAAUCGGAAAGCCAAGAGGACGCGGCUGAUAAACUCGCCGGUACUGAUACCAGUUCGUACGGCGGCGUACUGCGGCAGCAGCGCCGCCAGUGGCUGACGACGCUGCUCCGGCUGCUGUGCCGCCACGCGCGCCACCUCCAUUCUCUGCGCAUCAGCUGCACCGCCCCGGAUGGCCGCGUCGCUGAGCGUUGGGCUCGUACCUCGACGGCGCUGUUGUCCCAGGGAUUCACGCAGCUCGAUUCCUUGAAUUUACAGCUUGAUUUGGAACCGAGCUUUCUACUUUCGGAGCCAAGCCCAGAGGGCGCAGCGCGCGAUUGGUUGUGUCGGCUAUGUGACGUCGCACAAGAUUUGCAGGGAGCGAUGCCGCACACGCUCGUGUCGGUGGCGCCUCAUUGCCUGAUGGUGUUGAGGCCAUGCGACGCCACACCCAAGCCACACACCACACCUAGUCCUAGCCAUGGACAGCAGCAGCAGUAG